AUGGCAACACUUGACACAGUGUACUCUGCAAAAUGGCAAGACUGCCUCAGGACUUGCAAAUUUUGCAAACAAAGAGAACCGACCUCAGCCGAGCUGCUGACGCUGCUGGAGAAGCAGGAUGAAGUGUUGUCGGCGUUGCAUGGCGAACUCGAAAUCUGCAAAUCAGAAAUGGCUGUUCUUCGUGGCACAAAAUCCGGACAGCUGAAUGAUGACGGGGCACAGCCGAAUACAAUGGUAUGUCCUCCUCAUUUUUGA